AUGGCCCAGAUACAUAAAGUCUUGUUUUUUAUUUUACUAGGAACCUGUACAUUGUGCUUCUCAGUCUAUCGUUAUCUCUUAAAUGAUGAAAACAGUUAUUGGAAAUCUGAUGAAAUUUUAGAAAUAAAAAAGAAUCCGGGUCUAUUGAUAGAUACUCCAGGUUGUAAAUUGCUAAAAUUGGAUCCUUAUGAUCCAACUUUGAAACAUAUUAUUGCUAACAGAGGAAAGUAUAGUUGUCCUGGUAUUCCAUCGUUUCUAGUUCUUAAACCCAAUAGUAAAAUACUAUUGAAUGAAACAAUAUUACAUACUCAUUAUAAAUUGAAAUCGAGCAAUAUUUCAUGCUGGUAUCAAAACAUUCUUCGUCCAAUAGAACCUUCAAAAAGUAAGAGAGAAAACUCAUAUUCUUUCGGACCAAAGAAAAAACUUGAAUUCAAUGUCCCACUAGGCCUGGAUCAUGUCAUAAUAAACUGUGAUUUAGCAGGAAAACAUUUCACGCAGUACAUUCAUUUAGUGCCUAUCAAAAAUGAAACUCAGAUAGAUAGGUCUAGAGUCAACAGAAAUAGUUCUUCAAUAGACUUGAAUGUUAUUCUUUUUGGCAUCGAUUCGAUAUCAAAACUAAAUUUUUUACGUCGUUUUAAAAAAACUCGUUUAUUUCUUGAGCAGCACCUCUCUCCCUUUGAAAUGAAUGGUUAUAUAAAAGUCGGUGAUAAUACUUUUCGAAAUUUAACACCCUUGCUUACUGGUCACUUUGUUGAAUAUUACUGGAAUGAGUCCGUAAGAAAUACAAUGUUUUUUGAUGAUAUGGAUUUAAUUUGGAAAAUAUUUUCGAAGAAAGGUUAUCGCACAUUUUAUGCAGAAGACGAUCCCAUUUAUGGGACUUUUAAUUAUAACAAAAGAGGUUUCAAACAUCCACCUACUGAUUAUUAUUAUAGGCCACUAUCCUUGGCUAUUGAUGGAUCUACUUUGAAGAAAAAAAGUAAGCCUUAUUGCAUUGAUUCGCAAUUAGAGGUGGAUAUCGUCCAUAAUUACCUAAGAGAUUUUAUAGUUACAAUGGAAAGUAGACCUUAUUUUGCAUUUUUGAUGGUUUCAAAACUUACCCAUAACUAUCUGAAUUAUGCUAGCUAUGCCGAUGAACCAACAUAUAGACUUCUUAAAAAUCUUUGGGAAAUUGGGGCUUUCAACGAAAGUCUUCUCGUAUUUUUCAGUGAUCAUGGAAUACGUUUUGGUGCUAUAAGGCAAACAUACAUAGGAAAAUUUGAAGAAAGAAUACCAUUUAUGUAUGUCUGUGUUCCGCAAAAGCUGCUUAAAAAAUAUCCACAAUUCGCUAAGAAUCUUUGGAAAAACCAAAAUCGUUUAACCACCCCAUUUGACAUUCACGCUACAAUGGUUCAUUUGGUACAUCUAGACGAAGGAAUAUCUGAAAAAGAGAUACUCUCAAUUUCACCAAAUGGUCUAAGCCUUUUUUCAGAGAUAUCAGAGAACAGAACUUGUGAGCAAGCAAAGAUUCUGCCUCACUGGUGCCCCUGUCAAAUAUUUGAGUCCAAACCAGUAGAUGACCCACUAGUAGUAAAAGCAGCUACUUCUAUAAUUAAAGCUAUCAAUAAAUUGCUUCAGACCUAUCAGACAUGUGCAGUUUUACAAAUUUAUAAUAUUACUGAUGCCAGGACAGUUAAAACUAAUGAAAAGGUGCGGUUUGUAAGACACGAAAAUGCCGUUCUUAAUCGACGUGUGAUAUAUGGCGCCAAAGUUAGUGAAUUUAUUGACUAUCUAAUUACUCUUAGAGCAAAGCCCAGUGAAGGACAUUUUGAAGGAACUGUUCGACAUGGUGUUCAGAAAGGGCUGCUGUGUAGUUCUUUGAGGGCGUCGGUGAUCUUGAAAGUAUCAGCUGUCAUCGGAAAGCCUUUCCAUUAUCCGAUUAGAAUUUCUGGUACAAGACGGCGUUUCGAAUAUGGAGUGAUUCCCAGAGAGGCCAUUGUUGUUUUGCCAUCGUACUACAGAUCGAUAUGUCCUGCCAGAUUCACUGCAAAAGUAAUGUCUGAUCUGGUUACAGUGGCUAUGUAUAAUAAGGCUCCAAUGGCUUGCCUGUACUUGGUAUUGUCCACUGGUGGAGAGAUUUACUCUUCCUUUGGAUAA